AGAAUGACGCGUUCCGGUCACAAUCACCAUCUAAGUCAGAUAUCUUGGCUCCUGACCUGAACUGUGUACUUCAAAAUGUCUCAUGGGAGUGGAUUUAACAGCACGGGCAAGCUGAGGCAGUUUAUGUGUAUAGAGUACCCGGGCCUGGUGGAAAACGUUGAUAAAAUGAUUGAAACCUUAGGUGGUGUUGAAAAAAUAUCAGAGGUUUACUGUGAGGAUAAUCGGCGAAUGGAACUACGAUUUCGUCCAAAUGACGUUUACUGCAAGCCAACGUGUGGUGAGCGUCACAAUUCAACUGCUCUGUUGUUGCGUGUUGUACGGAGGAAGAAGAAGCUUAAAGCCGGCGACUCAGAGCCACAACCAGAAGUAGACCCCCUGGCUCUGUCAGAGGAACCAGCCACAAGUAACCCAGAUGACGCUACAACAAGAAUCAAAACAGACCUGAUUGGAGUUGUCCAUACUACAUAUAAGUUUAAUAAUCUGUGUGACUUCCAGUAUGUUCCCUUGGUGAGCACUGAUGAUGGUCAGAACCAGGUGUGUGUAUAUGACCAGCUUGUGCCAAGAGGAAUGGAGACAGCUGAUUGGUUAAACCAGCCUGCACCUCUGUACCUGCCUCCUGCUGCCUUCACCCGCAUGGACACUCCACAGGACUACCGGUACAGAAGAGAGGCAAACAGUGACAGCAAGUCGAAAAUGCCCCAGAACAUUAUUUGUCGUACCCGUCAGAGAAGGACACACUUCGCCAUCUUUCAUUCCUUCAAGGAUGAAGAAGUGCCAAAGGAUCCACUGCCAGGAGCCAUGUCACAGAUACGUGUCAAAUUCAUGGACAAUGCACUCUACCAGGGCCUGAAGGAUGAGUUUGAAAAGCGCCCCAUAUGGUCAAAGAACGCCCUUAGGGUCAGGCUGGACUAUACCAAAGAUAAACUAAAGUACCUCCUACCCACACUGUCCUACUACUUCCACACUGGCCCAUGGAGGAACUUAUGGGUCAGGUUAGGUUUUGACCCUCGCACGGAUCCCAAUGCCUGGAUCUACCAGACCUUUGACUACCGCAUCAGGCAGGCAGGUGGUGUGAAAACAAAGGUGGAGGCUAAACGCAGCUACUCCAACUAUGUGUUACCUUACAAGAGCUCUAAUGCUUCCAGAAGAAAAACUUCAGUCAUCCAGUCACUUCAUCUUGGUGAGGCCGGUGAGGAUGGUACUGAAGAGGCCGCUGGUGUGGACAAAAACUUAGAGGAGCUUUACAUCUUUCGACCUGGGAUGAUUCCACCAUACAGACAGAUGUUUUAUCAGUACUGUGACAUCCAAGUCCCUGAAAUUCAGAAACUCUUGGAGGAAUCCAUCUUGAGUGGGGCCAACAAAGUUUGUUCAGAGAAAUUUGGAUGGUUACCAGCCGGCGUUGAAGCCAAAUGUCGAGACAUCAUGUCCCACCUUAUAGAGAAAACUAUUGCUGAGAGAACAGCCCAGGGUCAGGGGUUGGAUGAGGAGGAACUGAGAUCAAACUCUGACACUGACUCUCCUACUGAAGGAAACUCUACUGAGGAAGAAACUGGAGAGUUAAUAUAGAAAUACGGCAGGACAUCUUUACAGUGUAAUUAAGUGAAAAAGAUUAUGAUGAAAAAAGUGGAGUCAGAUCUGAUUCUGAUUUCUUCAUGUUUUAUUAUUUUUAGAUAAAUUAUGGAAAGACUAUAUACUAAAGCUUAUGACCAUU